AAGAAAGAGAGAGAGAGAGAGGGUGAGCGCUAGAGAGAAGAGAAGGGAACUCGAAGUCGUAGGUAAGCCUAGUGCUUGUGGUGUGCAGCUGCUCGUGUUGGUUCGUCGUCAGCGUUUGCUUACAUUCACCUUAUCGCUCUUUUGAAGUCGCGAUUAUUUCUGAGCUGGUGAUUAAACAUUUAGAGACGGUGGAUCUCUUGCGUCUACUCCGGUAAAGGGAUCAGGAGCUCGAUAUCUUCGAGUUUCUUUCCUUCGUAUUCUCGCGUCUAUCGAUCCAACCUUCUCUGGCAUCCCUCCCGUCUUGGUGUAGUAAUGAUUGAGUUGUAAAUCUUACUCGUGGUUACACACACGUCAUAUUGGCGAAUCUCGGAUGCCUUGAUGCGUCGCCAAAUUUUCCACAUGAGUGGAACUCUCAUUUUGCAAGAUGGUUAGAAGUCCACAGGACGCAGGAAUCGUUAUUUGUCUAGUUUCUAAUUGGAACUGAUCGGCUUAAAUUUCAUCCAUUUAAUCAGUUCGUGAUUUGUGAGCAUUGUUAAUCUUAACAUCUUCACUUGACAUAUUACUGUUUACUUUAACUUAAGAUACACGGUUCGCACGAAGGGGUUUGUAUCGUUCUUAUAUGAAAACAUAUAUCACUCGGAUUUGAAAGUAAUACUUCAACGCUAAUGAAAAUCCACGUAUGUCGGUAUUGCGAGUGCUGAGUUUCUCGGUUAGCCAUCUUGUUUAGAUGAACGUUUAGCAACGGCGUGAUCGGUAGCGCUGCUUGCUUCCGAAACGGAAACUGAGACAAGUAACGAGCUGCUUUAGCGUUAUUCGACAGUCGCGCAUCCUUCGUGGUCACCAACGGUCACGUGAACUGCUUAUGUUCUCGACGAUGUAAAUUAUUAUUGGUUACUUCGCCGUAUCUGUGAGACCUAAACUGAGAGAACACGAGACAAGAAUUCGACCUUGAGUGUAGAACGUGAUACUGUCUCAAAAGGAGUAAGCAUCCAUAAAAAGAGGAAGACGAAGAUGUGCUAACGCGGAAUGUCGAGGAGAUGUAAUUUCCAGAAUCUCCCGAAUAGAACAGAGUAGAUCGCGAUUCUCGUGCCUCCUCGAGACACUGCGACUCUUCGACUUAUCGAGCUGAGCAACUAUCCAACUGCUGAACCUUUCUACUCACCGCCGCCAUGUUUGUUACGUCCACGAAUACUUACGCCACCUAUCGAAGCUGAUGAACUACCACCGGCUCCGUUUGUCGUCUCUCUUCCACUUCACGAAAACAUGAAACUACACGCGGGAGAUGCGCAGUAAAACGUGACGAAAGCGGAAGACAGAGAUGGAGAAUAGAAUGGAAGAAAGAAACACGCAGAAAGUAAAGAGACAGAAAAGAGCGAAGAGCGUGAAAGAGACACGAAUAAUAGAACAUCUUCCGUACAGCAAAACGAUAUAACCAACCAUAUUGGUGCUUUCAAUCAUUAAGGUCUGAAAUAUCGGUUGACCGAACACAACGAACAAGAUGGACGAAUACGACAAGAAAUUUGCAGAAAUGCAAAAGUAUAUUCCAUUCUUGGAAGCGAUGAUUGAGAGGCUGCAAAACGUUAAGGACAAAUCUCGGGAGAUUCAAUUGCAGAAAAUGCAGAGCUUACAUGGGAUAUUAUCGAAUAGCAAACGAAACAGGCUGCGAAUUGAGACUCUACAGCGAUGUGAAGACGUCCUACAAAAGCUACACAAUAGAGUAGAAAAGUUUCAGGGAAAUGCUCCUGGUUUGCAAUUACCAACUAAGCAAAACGAUGAUAGCACUUCGCAAUCUUCCACUUCGUUGGAAGACUCGAAGUCAGAUCCGAGUAAGAAAACGGAGCAACCGACGUAUUCGGUCAUAGACGUGGAGAAGGAUAAGUUCGAGGAGACUCCGGCGAGCCCGGAUCCCUCCGUCAGUCCCGACGGUGGGUGCCAAAUUCUGCCUAUAAUAAUACCCACGGAGCGUAGUGCGGACUUCAGCGAGGGUAAGAGAAACCGGAAGCCAAGCUGCUCGCAGAUUCCGGUGAUCACGAUCACCGAGCGCACCGGGACUAUCAACAUCUCGUCGUCAGACUCCAACCACUCGGACGACAUCGCCUUCACCGAGUGGGACAUGUUGGAGGAGUCUCAGAGGCACAACAGCAAGACCAGAGGCGGCGGCGGUGGUGGUGAUUGGCAGUCGUUGACAGCCUCUGAUCACGAUGUAGCUAAUGCUGCCAAGCUGGUGAGCAGUAACCUGCCUCAGAUAGUCAACAACAGUGAUAGCAGCAGGAGCAGCUAUUCGAUGAGUACCAACAUACCGACCGUUCCGGUGCCUUCGCUGGGCGGCUCCAGGAGGUUGUCGUCGGUGCUCGAGAAGACGAAAGUCCUGAAUCUGGAUAUGACCGCGGUGAACAUCCGGCCGGAAUCGCCGGUGAAUGUUCCAGAGGUGCGGCUCAAGUCUCCCGACCCUGAGAUCUUGUUCCCAGGUUCGCUAUCCAAGGUCCUGUCGCCUAGGUCGAAGGACGGCACACCGAAGACGCCAACGAAGACACCGAUGCCGCUCUUGGUCUCGCCGCCGCCUAUCUCUACUGAACCUCCUCUCUCUAUGGAGGACUUGGAGGAGCUGUUGGGCGGCAGUGAUGAGAAGAAAGGUGAAAAUGCCGCAAGGCACAAAAAGAACUCUGGCAAGCAGGAGACGAAUCUUGCAAAGGACAGUAAGGCUUCAAAGGAGAUUCCGCAGUUGCACUUGACCGUCGAAAAAGAGAGUGAGAAGCAGUGGGAAGAAGUGGACAAGCACAUAAUCAAGCUCAGCGGUAGGAAAUGCACGUCGAACGUGAUCAACGCUGCCUCGGCCAUGAUCGCGAAGAUCGAGAGUAAGUCGAACGAAAUCAAAGGCCCGCCCGAUCAUCGUUCACCACAGGCACCUUCCACCAGCUCGAAGUUUGAGCCGCGCUACGCGGACAAUUACGAGAGGCAUCCGCGUCAACGCGACGCUAUUCACGGUCAUGAAAGCGGGAAAGAGAAGAUGUCUGUGGCCGAAAGCAUAUGUAGGAUGCCGGAUCAAGAAGUGUCUCAGAUCCCGGUUCUUCAUAACACCGGGUCAAGCAUCAAGAUGGAUGAGAGAAUCGGCGUGCCGCUGUAUCAAAGGCGUCCGAGCGCGCCGUUGGAAAGUUGGAAGGAUAUGCCUCCGUCCAGAUUGGACAAUGAUUUUGUGAUCGACAGCAAUGACUACUACAACAUGCACAUGAAGCAGUUACAUUGGAAUACCGGCGACCUGCCGUUCACUGGACAGUCGCAAUGGUCAGCCCCCAACUACAGCGGAAUGGGCAAUUCGCCGAUGCAACCUUAUCAACCACGUUCGAUGAACAUGUUCAUGGGCGGGAGUUCCGUGGAUCCACAUAUUGCCGGUGGGCCCAGACCGUUGGUGAAUCCUGCCCCACGACCGCAGGACAUGAGUCAUAGACCGGAAAAUAUCCGCGACGAGAUUCCCCCACUGAUGUCUACUAAUGUCUUUCCGCCGUCGUACAGGGGUUUCCAGAUGGGUCAGAACUCUUAUGAUCCAUCCUUCGAUAGGUCUACGGAGUACUCUCACGGGAGACCGGCAUGGGAAGCUCCUGCUGGUCGACCAGUGGCUGAACCUUCCUACAACAGUGACAAUGUGAUUCCCUGCGGGAUCGGUAUCGCGGAGACAUCCACGGGAGCUGGGUACCCACGAUCCGACACACCUUGUCCGUGGUCGCGGGAGAGGAGCAGAAGUGGCAACAGAGGCCGCGGUAGGGAAAGCUAUUACGAGAGGAACAGACCGGAAGGCAGGCCCAAUUUCAAUCGCGACGUACGUCGGCCUGAUCGACCGCGAGACAACCACGGCGUUGAUCGCGAGAACCCCGGUCGUUUCGGCCGCGACAACAGGAACGCGUUCGAGAGAGACCCGCGUGUGCGUAUGGAGCACAACGCGGCGAUACCGAAUCUGGCUAAAGAGGCUAGCAGCAGCAACAGCAGCGGUUCCGCCAGGGAUCCCCGUCUUGCCAAAGAUAAACAUUUCUCGCCGACGAAGAUGAAGGACGUUGUUCACAACGAGAGAGAUCCGAGGAAGCGUCUCUCAAUACAGCCUCUGGUGUCACCUCCGGUGGCACCUGUGGCAGUCACGAAGAAGACCGCUGGUACCAACAAAGAGAAAUCAAAGCCGCAGAAGCUGUCGGACAAACGUGCCGACUCGGAAAGCAGCUGCAAAGAAAAGGACAAAUUGUCGAAGGCAGAUAGAAUGCAGUCGCCAUUGGAGAGUCUCUAUGGCGUGAUCGACGCCAAGUUAAGUCAUAGUAGUGGCCUGCAAAAGUUUAAAAUCCCUAAGAUUAAGCGACCGGAACUGCCGCAGCCGCCACCGCCGCCGUUGCCUUCGUCAACAACAAGCCACGUUGUCGAUGAGAUGAAGGAAGCCAGUGGCGCUGCCUUUAAAUCAUCACGCGGCAAGAGCGACGGCAAGAAGAGCAGCGGUAGUUCGUCAUCUCUGUCCGAGAAUACGGACAAAGAUGACGCGAUUGCCGAAGUCAGUAGCACUAGCAAUAACGCAAUGGACGCUUUGGACGUGUCGGUCCUGCCUUCCAGGCUGGAUGACACGACGAGAGAAGAGGAGUUCAUCUCGUCUCUCGUCGAGGAGACCCAUAAGAAGAGAUCGAGGACUAGCAAAGUGGAUUCCCCAACGAUUGGCAUCAGGUCUUUGGAAAUAAUGGAGAGGAGUCGGAGGGACGAGUCGGAGGCCGACGGUACGAAGUCGAAGGAGGAAGUGACGCAAGAGUGGAUCGAGGCGCUCAUCAGGAAGUCUUUCGAGUGCGGCGAAGGCAAGAAACUAGUUGAACACGCCAAGUUGAUACGCAAGCUCGGAGAGGCGCUGCAGGCGAAGAAGCUGAAAAAGAUCCAGAAGAUCAUCGAGUCCGAGUCAGAGAGCAGCAACUCGGACAAGGAUGAGACCAUCGGGCCGAAGAAACAGAUCAGGAAGAAGAGGCGAGUGAUCGUGUCGGACAGCUCGGAUGACGAAUCUCUCGCGGAACGGCUCGGGAUCUUGAAAACAAAUAUUGAAGAGAACAACGAAAGAACGGACACUUCUGACUGUACUAGGCGCUCUGCAAGGAAUAAAGCCGAUACGACGGCGUCUGAUCACUUGAACGAAGAGUUGACUCGAGAUACCGAGAAUGACGGCCCAUCGGAAAAUCUCAGCGAGAAGAACAGUGUUCGAAUGGGCGAUUGUAGCGAAAUUGCAGAGUUGGAGGCAAAUAAUGUGCUGUCGAAGAAGAGUAAUGAGCGGAACAACGUUACGAUGGAAGACUAUAACGAUAGCGAUAACCAGAAGAGUAAUCUACUGGAAGACAAUUUUGGAAAAGAUCGAUUGGAAGAUGAUGAAGGUGUUGAUAUAUGUUCAAGAAAGGAUGAGCAGUCAGACAGUCAAUUAGAAGGUAAGAAAAAUGGGGAAGCGGAAGAUCAAGUCGACCAAAACCCUGCGGAAAAAGCACAAGACACAAAAGAGUCGUUGGACAAAGACGUGACAGACAAGACUAUAGUGGACAAAGCUAGUGAGGGCCCGAGCGAUAAACCAAAGACGAAAACGAAGAGGAGGAAUUCCCUGGAGAUGUUGCAAGAGGACAUUCGCGAAAUGUUCAUCAGCGACGACGUAGUGACAGCGACGGGCUUCCGAAUGUGCCGGUUGUCGAAAGAAAACCAGUCGUCCCCCAAACCAACGGGGACGAGCUGGACGUCUAAGAAAGACGAGGCGGAGGCAAAUGCUGAAGCGGACGAGUCCAACGUAGCGAGCAAGUCCAAGAAGAAUCCUUCCAAGUCCCGCAGAGAGCCCAAGUCAAAGGUGAAAGGCAAGGAUGCCGGCCAACGGCAACGUAAAUCGCAUGCCAAGGAGUCGAUACAGAAUUCCGAUAGCGAGGAGGACCAACCGCUGGCGCUACGGACGGAAUGGAAGCUAAGUAAUGUUAACAAUAGUAAUAACACACCGGGACCAGAAGAGGACGAUGAGUCUAUCGAUCUACUGCGCAGAAGUAAGCGCGUUCUGCGCAAGGAACCGCGAGUGCUCGUAGAAAAGACCGACAUCAGCAAGUUGGACAUAUCCAAGAUGAUGUUCGACAGUUCAUCCGAUGAGAGCUUCAGCAUAGAUGUGUCCGAGUUGACGGCUGCGGUGGACAUUUCCCUUCGGCCGGACAAGCAGUCCGAUCAGGAGUCGGUAGAGACGGUGAUGAACUCGAAGCUUCCACAGAAGGCGACGAGAAGCGCGAGCAAGCGAACGUCGAAGUCGAGGAUCAAGAGCGCCUCUCUGCUCACUGACUGUAAGAGCGACGACGAGAUGUUCUUCACCGAAGACGAGGAGAGCGUGAUAUCGGAUAUCUCCAUGUCGAGCAGCACGACCGCGGGCAAGAGGAGAAGCUCCACGAAGGUAGCCGUCAAGGAAGAGUUGUUGAGCAACAUUCUAGUGGGACUGGUGCCAGCGGUGGCGGAGAAGAGCACGGUGGGCGACGAAGCAGACAUCGAUGAUGACUCGAACUGCCCGUCGCCUGUCGAACCGAGCGUGAAGAAAACCUCGGUAAGGAAGAAAAAGAAGAAAUCAAGCUGGAGGAUGGGGAUAUUGUUUAGGAGGAAGAAGAAAAAGACGACCGCGUCAGCAAAUGCCUCCAAAAUCGCCCAAAUAGAACGCGAAAAGACGAGCAACGAAGCGAACAUGUCGCUGGGCAACACGGAAAUUGAUCCACCGGUCUUGGGUGAUGACAAUGUCACAAUGGCGGAAAGUAUCUCCAAAGAAGCUACGGACAAACAGCUGGUAAACAAUGGGAGCGUGGGUUCCACGUUAGAGAGCGACAACGUUGUCAAGCAGUCCGCGGAUACGGACAGUUCCGACGUCGUCAUCGAGCCCAUGGGGUCGAGUAAUCUCAUCUCAUUAUCGGAGUCGUCGAAUGCAACUGCAGAAGUACCCUCGAACGAGUCGCUUCCGCCAGUCGAGAAGGAAAAGGAAUUAGAAACAGAGAAGGAGAAGGUAGAUACGGAGAAAACGGAGGCGGAAGAAGCGGAGAUGAAAACAGCAGAAGCGAGUGAAGAGACAAAAGCGAACAACACGGAACACAUGGCGAGUACCGAUGCUGGAGCGACGAAGACCUCCGAAACGACAUCCUCGGUGAUCGUGUACGAUAAUAUAAUGGAGGAGGUCUUCCGCAGGAUGGACAUCGACCGACUGAUAGAAUACGCGUGGACUGGCCAGGACAGGUACAAGUGCCUGCUAUGCUUCUUCACAGGCAAGAACAUUGUCCAUCAUUACAAGAUCAAUCACAACGGCAAGGAGGUCUUGAUUUCGCGCCUUAAACUGGCUGAAGCCAAGAUCGCGAUUCUGGAUGCUGAGAAUGAUCUUGAGAACGGCGAAACUUCGGCGGCGACGACGACGGCAGCAAGUAAGACGAAGAGUAAGGUGCGCAAGUAUCGCUGCAGAUUCUGCUGUUUCGAGACGGAGGGUGCAGCGGACGUGGCGCUCGAGGCGUUUUAUGAACAUUGCACCACGCAUACGGGCGAGUACAGAUUCCACUGUAACAGUUGUCCUUAUCAGGCGGUGGCGAAAGCCUCCAUGAAGACGCACUAUUACAAGCUAUGUCGCAGGUUACACGAUACGUUUUACGAGUCCGCGUCGGAGGACGAUAUACCGCGAGAAGAUGGCGUAUAUGGUUACCUGUGCUGCGUGUGCAACUACGUUCAGCUGAAGCGGAAAAACGUGGAGGCGCAUGCUACGUUUUGGCAUCGAGACCAAACGGACACUAAGAAGAUCUUGAAGAUCAGCAUGUCGAUAUCAAGCGCUAGGCAGACCGCGAGCGACGCGGAAAAGUCGCAGAAGGAACACACUGAAGCUGCGGAGGAACCAAAGGCCGAGGAGAUCAAAGUGGAAGUCGAUCCUCAAGUGACCGAAAUCGAGGAUGUAGCGCGCAAAGACAUACCGGUGGAGACCGAAGCGAUCGACAUCAGCGACACGACGGAAUCUCAAGACAAAGGUGACAACAACAGCAAAAAGAGCUGCGAUCCGCAAGAGUCGAAAGCCCAGGAGAGCGCCGGCGACGAAGAUAAACACGAGAAUGACGUAAGACCGACGAUGUCUGUUCAAGGAGAAGCCGAAGGACCGUUGAACACCGGGAAUAUGAGCGUAUUUGUUUGCCCGCCCGAGCUGGAGAACAAAGAAGUCGAGAUACAGCUGGAACGGAAAAAAAAAAUGCAGGAGAUCGUCGACAACAUCGGUAUUAAAAUAAACAAAAACCUCUCCAAGUCGAGUUUGUCUAUAAUAGACAAGUUGCAGGACAAAAUGCGGACAGACGCGGUCGUUAGUCCCGUCGCCAAGAACGACGAGUCGACGAGCGCUUCGCAGCAGGGAGAUAAGAACUCCUCAUUGCCCCCUGCAUCCAACUCGACCGCGGACUCCUCUAAACUUCAGGACAAUACGACCAUGAAAGAGAACCUUUUGAGUCAAGCGAAUUCCAGGUCUCAACAAGAUCUCUCGUCUACUGAACAGUCGGCCAACGACGACAAGUCGGAAACUGCAAACAGUAGUAACGCGGACAAGGCGGAGCUGAAACUUCGAGACCCGCUCGCGAUCAUGGACACGAGCAAGGACACGGAAAGCGACGGAGAGAUUAGCGACAGCGAGACCGUGCGGCACUCGCCGGUCUUCGAGUCAGAUUCCAGUAGCGAGCAGUCCGAUUCCGAGCCGACGGACGUCAACAUGAUUCUGAAGGAGACUUCGAACAUCAAUGCGUCGUCGUCACGAGACCCGAUGUUGACGACCAUACAGAGACUGGCCGCUCAGUUGCAGAGCACCAAGCCGCUGGAUGUCCCUGCAGCUGAUGACGUGAACGUCAAACGCGAGUCUCUGUCACCGACUUCGAUGACAUCCCUCCCGAAGGCGCCGAGUGUCGUUUCGAUCAUCGGUAUUAAACAGUCGCUGUUGAAGCAAAAUAUUAAGCAUCGCGAUACGACAUCGCCGAUGUCGAGUGACGACGGCCCACCGAAGAACUUCCUCAGGUUCAGGCGAUUGAGCGGCGACAUGCUGUCUUUGCCGGCGUCGUUGACGGAUAUCCAAGAAGACACCCAAAUCUCUAGUACCGAUGGGACGCAGUCAGACAGCAUGACAGAUUUAUUGCAGAUUGACACCACAGAGGGGGAAUGUUCGUUCUUGAAAAUCGAGAAUGUAGUGAGCCUUGCGCCGAAUUCCGACAACAAUGAGUCUGAAAAUCCUAUCGUGAAUGACAUCAGAAAGGCGGUGGAGGUCUCUCCCGUUAAGAACAAAGGGCUGCAGUUAAUCAAGAAAUCGGCGCACCAGCCGUUGAUAUUGAAGAAGCUAAAGCCACAACCACUGACGAAUAACACGAACGUGUCGGCGAUAGUACAGCCGUCCACGUCCGAUGCCAUGACGCUGAUCCCGAUUAACAACCUCAGCCAGAUACCCAUCUCGACGAAAGCCGUCACCACUCAUCUAACUACAAACUAUGUGCCUAUACAUCCCAAACCGAAAGUCUUGUCGUUGGAGAACGCUAAAAUCGCCAUUCCUCGGCUCGCUUUUUCCACGAAGGCCGUGACGAGCACGAAAAAUCGCAAGCUAUUCAAAGUGCUGCGAACUCCCGCGUUAAAUACCAAGGAUAAUACGUUGAUCGCAUCCCACGUGGCUAAACUGAAGUCCACGGAAGCGUAUAUGUCGAUGCUAAGGGCCUCCAAGUUGAUUCAUUUUUACAAGUGCAUGUGCCGCGAUUGCAACUACACGACCGAUUCGAUCACGUUGUUCGAUUGCCAUUACAACCAGCAUUGUGAGGACGCCGAGAAGCAGAAACUCACGCCGCCGUGCGAUUAUCAGAAAUGCGUCUACUGUUACUGCGUUAUGGAGAACUGGAACGAACUGAACACUCAUAUGUGGGAGAAGCACAGCCAUUGCCGGUUCCAGUGUGGUUACUGCUUUUACCGUGCUGCUGCGGCUUGUUACGUGCAGCAGCAUCAGCUGACUUAUCAUCCCACUACUAAAUUCUAUAUGUUAGUCGGUAAAAAGGGUAAAGACAUUUCGCAGCAAGAAGAUGUAACUAACCGUGCCGACUUUGUACUGCCAUUCGUGUGCGAUAACGAUUGUGGCAAGACUUAUUACGUACCUGAAGCAUACAGCAUGCACUUGAACUCGAAACACACGCCUUCUACACAUCUGUCAACCUUCAAAUGUCACCUAUGUAAGACCACUUUCUCCACAGUAAAAUUGAUAAUAUUACACUAUAAAUCACAUGGACUUGCUAAAUACCAAUGUCUGUAUUGUUUGUACGGCGGUGAAAAUCCGAAUGAAAUGCUCGAACAUUUGAGCUCUUCUCAUUGGAAUCAAUUGCCACGGAUACUUGAGCGCUCGCUUCCGCCAAUGGUAAUAAGCACCAAAGAUAUUGUAAGUCAACUUAUUUCGCGAACUUACAACGACAAUGGGGAAUUCAAGGAAAACAUUUACGAGCCAAACAUUGCUGCGCCUAGUUCCAAAAAAGACUCUUCUCCUCCGACAGACUCGGGAAACUCCCAGAUUUCUGCAGGCUCAUUGGCAAUCUUUACGUAUACAGAGCCAGAUAACAUCGAAAAACCAUCAAAUCAAAAAGGAAAUAAUCUAGUAAAUACGAUGCCUAAUUUCGUCGGGACAGUGGAAAGUCACUUAGUUAAUGCGGAAGUCGAUGUUAGUGGCUCCAAUAUUAUAACCAAAGAGCCUAAAGAACCGACCUUUGUUGAUAUCAACAACAUAGAGAUGAGUAAUAAUACCGACAUGUUGACGAAACAAGGCCCGUCGAAGCAGCCCUCGCAGGGCGAAGUUUCGUUGAACAAGCUCAACGAGAAUAGAUCGUUGCUAAUACGAUUGCAGAAGGACAAACCGAGCGACUACGCGACGAAGGAGAUCUUCAACAACUCGGAACUGAACCUGUUAUCAUGCAUGGAUGACUCGAAUGCGGUGGAUCCGUUGGAAUUUUCCGGCGAGUUCAGUUGCAGCGACGAGUUCGUCAACACGAAUCUCCUCGACAAUCCCGAUUUUCUCAAGAGCCUCACAGCCAGCUGCAGCAAUCUGUCGUUCCCUAAGGACGAUGCGAUAUCCGGCGAUAAAACUGAGGACAGUGACAUCGAGAUUCUGGAGAAUAUCGGGAAUGCGGAAGUUGCGAAGAAGAAGAACGCUGAAACCAUAGUGAAUCAAAGCACAGAGCUGGAAUCUUCCAAACAGAAGGACGAGAAGGAAGAGCAAUCUCAAUCGUGUGACGCUACCGAAAGCAAAUAUUCAUCCAACGAGGCGGCUACGAUUCCUCAAAAAACAAACGCACGACCUUUAACUUUGGAGGACAUCAAACACACCGGCUGCACAGGAUUGGACUUAUACAAGUGUGGCUACGAGCAGUGCAAUUUCGCGACGACGACCGCGCCUUUGCUGAGGAAACAUGUUAAGGAGUGUAAUUUCAAGGAUAAGAAUUUUUAUUGCGCGCAUUGCAAGAAACGCUUCAUCAAGGUCGGCUUCCUUCUGGAGCACUUGAAGGUUCACGGUUUGAGGAGAUUUGGUUGUUCCCUGUGUAAGAUGAGGUAUCCGGUCUCGUAUCAGGCUACAUCUCACAUGAAGACGAAACACAAAUUUUCGAAUACGAAAUUGGUACCGGCUGAUCCAACAAAUCCGUCGGUCGAUGGUCUUUUUAUUGUACAAGCAAUUCGUUUUGGAAGUGGUGAACGAAAGACGAAGAAGCGUAGGGGCCCGAAAUCCGCAGAGUCCGAGACCGAGAAAGCAGCAUCAGCGGUAGCAACGGUGGAUAGUGAGAAAUCGUCAUUCAACCCUGACGAGAUCGAUAAAUUACCGCGUCAGGCGAUUUACAAUCGGGAGGUUCAGUGCGCCGUGUGUCCAUACACCACGAAAGUCAGGACUAAUAUAAUCCGGCAUCUGCAAUUGCACGCGAAGGACGAGACCGUGCCCGAGACCGGACCGGUCAAUCCCGUUCCGUGUUUGGACAAGAAGGAGCGGAUGUUUGACAAAAUGGUGAAUCUGGCAAGUAGUUCGCAUCAGAACGGUCGAAUGGGCGCAAAACCGAAGGAGACUGUCAAGGAGCCCGACGAGGACGCUAUACCAAAAUUUGUACCAGAACACAAAAGAUAUGUGUGUAGCGUUGCGGAAUGUAACUACCUAACGGUAGAUGAAGCUAUGUUGAGGUAUCAUUUGAAGGCUCUGCACUCCGAAGAGCCAUAUUUCCGUUGCCCACACUGUCCUCCACCGUCAUCCGGUCAGGAAAGCCAGAAUAUAGCGAUUGAUAAAAUGGGUGUUCAUUUGAAAAUGCAUGACUCGAGACUUUAUAAAUGCUCGCAUUGCAAUCAUCAUCAUUACCAAAGUAUAAAAAUAUCGUCCAGAUAUGUCGUGGAGCGUCAUCUCGCCGAUAAGCACCCGGAAAAGAGGCCGUUUGUCAAGGUAAUAAGAGAACUCGACAAUGCGGAAAACGCUCAACAACAGUCGACGCAGGAGGAGGCUGAGGAGGAAGUGCCAGAUCCAGAUGGCAAUCAUUGGAAGUGCAACAUCUGCGACUUCAAGUGCGUCUACAAAGCCGAAAUGAGCAACCACGCCACCGCGGUUCACGACGAGAAAUGCCAAUACAAGUGCGCUCUUUGCCCGUUCAAGACGAGCGGGAAGAUACUUUUCGAGCAGCACAUAAGCAGCAAGCACGCGAACGAUUCCAACGUCGACUUCGUUCUGGUGUAUCAGAGGAUAAAGGGGAUCAACAAACGCAACACCGAAGUCGUAGAGCAAGCCGGACAGGACGAGCCCUUCGACACGACGCCGCUUUGGAGGAGAGACAUGCCGCGGAUACGACAUAUCCGUGGAAUUCUCCUGGAGGAGGAGAACGAAGCACCACCGAACGAGACAUCGUCCACAAGCACGAAGAGCACAUCCUUGGGCAAGCGCAAGAACGAGACGGAACUGUCGACGAAAUUGGGCAGAUCCAAGAUGUCGAAGUCAGCGUCCUUCGAUGAUAACAAGCAAACCAAAGAGAAGUCCAAAAGAUCUCUCUCGUGUGACAAACUAGCCGAGGAGGAGGAAGGCGAUGGUCAAAGCACAAAGGAGAGCAAGUCCGAUUCGCGCGGCGCCACUGCUGAUAAAACAACCACCGAGAACUCGAGAGGGAACGCGAGCGAACUAAACGACGUUAACGACUCAGACGUGGGUAGAUUCGGACCUUACGGUAAACCGGACGGCAACAUGUACAUUUGCACGCUGUGCAAUCAGUUCAAAACAAAGUACAAGCACGAUAUGAGGGAUCAUCUUUAUAGGGAAUUGAAUUAUGCGAGGUGGCAUUGCAAGGCUUGCGGGUACUUGUCGGUAAAUCGUAAUGCGUUGAUGCAACAUUUCACGAAACAUCAUAACGGAGAGCAUCCAGAUCAUGAGCCGCUUUCGCCGGACAAUGCAAUUGAAGAUUGGGUGAUAACUUUGCUGAAAAAGCAGACGGACAUGAUAAAAGCGGCAACUCAAAAGAUCAGCACUGCCGGCAAGAACUCGGCACUGGCCGCGGCCGUUGUGAGUCCGGAGGUCAUUCACCCAGUGAAGACGACUCAUAGCGACACGAAAGCCGUGAAUCUUGCGCCUGCGAUAACCAACAUGCAGACUGACAUUCUCCAAGACGCCGAUAAAAGCAUAGACGAAGUUGACGAUGGCGACAGCAGAGAUGAUGAGGAUCUUGUUAUCGAUAUAAAAGAAGAUGAGUUUCUCGACAGUAGUAGGAGCAACGAUAACGUGUCCGAAAGCGAUAAAUCUUUUGAUAAAGACGAGCCGGAGAAGAAGCUGGUGUGUAAGCACUGCUGCAUGACGUUCACCCGGCGACGCGGCUUCAAGCUGCACGUUCAAUUGACGCACUUGAAACGGCUCGGUUUCCUUUGCCCUUACUGCGACCGUAGCACCAAUUCGGAGCAAAUGAUACGUCAACACAUGCGCGCCAAGCAUCGGGGUCGCGAGGUGAAAAUCGUGCAAAAUCCAGCCGCGGGCGGACCCGAACUGACUAACGAAUUCUGGGAGAAGGAGUACGGACUGGUAUGCCCGACGAAGACCAAGAAGAAACGAAAGUUGAGCGUGGAAGACAUUAAGGAGGACAAGAAUAGCAAUCUGCGUCCGGAAACGCAGACUGUGCCCAAGAAAUGCGAGACAUGUGGCUUCACCGCUCUCAAUUACACCGGAUUAAAGUCGCACAUGCGCUGCCACAUGAUCAAGCAUAGCAUCAAGUGUCACUAUUGCACGUUCAGCUGUUCUGUGAUGCCCGAAUUGGUGGAGCAUUGGCAAGUGAAUCACCCCUUGAUGCCGUUCAAGGCGCGAAACAUCGCGACAGCUGGCUGUUCGUCCGGCGAGUCGAGUGACAGUGGCUCACCGCUGGCUAAGAAACGGAUCAUCGAUGCUUAUACGGACGACAUAGAGGAGGAACAAGUCAGUUCCGCCGACAAAGAGGACUUAACUACGGUGUACAGUUGCGUUUACUGCAACAAUCGCAGCCACUCAUUGGUGUUCCUCAUGCGUCAUUGGAAUCUGAUGCAUAAAGAAGGAUCGAACACGUCCAGCGGUUUGCCGUUCGAUUACAAGCAAUACCAGAUGCCGACUAAGCUAUACAAGAAGGAACAAUUCAUAUCGAUGUCGAUGAAGUCGCACAAGAAGGAAUGGGACAAGCAGAAAAUCGAAUUGCCACGUGACUUGGCAGGACAAGUGGAGGAGAAUCUGUUGCACAGUGACAAUUCCUUGAACACUGUAACCGGCCAAUUGCCAGGUUGGAUCUGUUAUUGGUGCAAAGACCUUUGCGAAACGGACGACAUGAAGACCCAUCACAACAUGUUCCACUCGCAUUUGCCGUUGAGAUUUAAGAAACAGGAAGAGCAGCAGCAGCAACAACAGCAGCAACAACAACAACAACAACAACAACAACAACAACAACAACAACAACAACAACAACAACCAGAACAGCCACAACAGCUGCCAAAACAGCAGGGAAAACAACUGAGAGAUUUUGUCUGCAGUGUCUGUUCGUAUACCACUACCUCCCUCGCCACGAUCAAAAAACAUGUUGUGAAGCAUGUGAAUCUGUUCAAAUGUAAAUACUGCGAUCAGGCUUUCAAAACGCCGGUGGGAGUGUCGGCUCACAGCUUAGAGAAUCACCCGGGUCUGCCGACCAAGAUUGAGAGCAUCUCAAACUUCGACUCGAUCGUGGAAAACUUGAUCAAGAAGUACAAACGGACCAAGCCUACGAGAGACGACGGCAGGACGAUGUGCGAUCCUGGCCAAAACCGGUCUCGAGACGUCCUCAACGUGCGAAAAAUGUCGAGCGGCCACGCGGUCGCGAGGAAGUCCACGACCAAGUCGGUCAUUUCGUACGUGAAGCCGGGUCCGCGCGUUUUCAAGGCCGUCGCGCGCAAGUCCACGAACCCGUUGCCGAGGCAUUUGCGCGAGGGUGGCAGGUAUGAGUUCGAGCGGCGGAGCCCGGCCAUGAGGUCAGAACGCGAAACGGAGGAAGAGACGGGAAGAAGCACGCCGCAAGCAUUAUCCUCGCAUUACGGUGUACCGAGCGAUCCUAUUAAUCUGGCCAAGGUGAGCACAUACAUGAUGCUCGGUGGCCACAGCAUGAAAGUGAGCUGCACCACUCUCGCCCAACUAAUCAAUAUCAAUCCGAGAUUAGUGCUAGAGGAUAUUCGACACGACUCCAAGUAUACCGCGAUUUUUUCGUAAUACGUAUAAAUGUCUCGACUGUUAUUUUAUUUUCUCUCUCUCUCUCUCUCUCUCCUUCUCCUCCUUUACGCAAAGACUUUGUGCAAACUUGAUUUGUCCUGUCCACCUUGGAUUACGGGAUAUUGCGUUAUUCGUUCAAGUAGCGAUGUAUCAGCGACUGUUAGAAACCUAUUUGUGUAAAUGAAGCGCCGACGGGGAAGUUUUAGCUUUAUCAUUUUUCAAUACACGAUGCGAUUUACUCGCGAGAGCUUGUAAGCGAAGUACAAGCAUAUCUUAAUGUUGGAUUGAUAUUUAAAUAUGUUUUUGUCUUUUUGUUGCUGUCAUUUCCUCAUAUCGCGGAAUCAUACGUGUACGUAUGAUGAGAGUGACAAUUAGUUAUAUGAAAGCUAGAUGAAAAAUAACUGAAAAAAAGCAGUAAACGAUUAAUAUUGUUGAAAUUCGUACUUUUAGUUAAAAAUCUAUCACAUACACACACACACACAUAUGUAUAUAUAUAUAUAUAUAUAUAUAUAUGUAUGUAUGUAUGUAUGUAUGUAUAUAUGUAUGUCAACAUCUUUUCACACACGAGAGAGUUCCCUAACUAAUAACAUCUUCGAUUUAACAAUGGAUCCUUACCAAUCCGGAAAUAAUUAGUGACGUCAUACAUACUCUGACCUAUCACACUUAUAAGUUUAUAAUAUUAUCAAUUGAUUCCGAGGAUCGAUCAAAAUUCGUUCAGUUGAAAACUCUAGAAGAAUGUGUUUUCUUCUUUUCUCUUAGAUUUAUAAGUAUAUAUUGCGGCAUUAUAUAUUAUAAUGAUUAGCAAACAUCAUGAUAAUAGUAGUAACGAAAUGAAACUAUUUUUAAUACUACUUUUAUAAAAUCUCUCUCGUAAAAUCACAUGUUAACUAUUCGUCGUGUCGUGUAACAUUGUGUAGUGUUUAUUUUGCUCGGAAUAGCAGCACAAGUACUUACAGCUGAUAUCAAAGGAAUUAUGUCACGCACCUGUACGAUGUAAAUAUGAUAUGUAUGUCUCCUAUUUUCGCAAGAUGAAGGUAAAGCUGGAUAUUUAGUUCAAGAACUCAUGUGAUGCGCUUAUUUCAUUCUUGAAUACGCGCGAGAUGUAUAUAGAUAUAAUAUAAAUAAAUCAAGAUGACGAUUUAGCAUAAUGGAACAUAACCUGUAUUAAUAUGAUUUUAGUAGGAUUAUUUAAUUUAAUUUUCGUAUACCAUUGCUGUAACCUCUAUUUUUUUUCGUUCAACUGUUUAUUUAAUAUACGAUAGAAACCAGCACAGAUCAGAAAGGUUUUCUAUGAAAAGACAAGACUGACAAGUGUACUAAAUAUCGUACAGAAGCUAGCUUUUAGGAAAGACUGUAAAUAAUAUGUGUAUUAUAUUUCAAAUAAAUAUUUUUGAUUUUUAUAAA